AUGUCUUCGACCGAGCGUCUUCGGAAGAACCCCGACACCGAGGCGCGUGAGGUCAAUAGGCAAGUCGCCGUUUUAAAGACGAAAGAAGCUGAGCUCCGCCAGCUAGACAAGGACAUUCUCGAUCUCACGGAAGACGAGGCUAUUGAAGGAGAAGUCGAGGGCGCAAACGACUACCACGAGAAGAUUCUGUACGCGAUUGCUGAUGCGCAGUUCUUCCUGUCACAGCGUCAACAGGCGACCGGUCUCAGCGGCCUGUCUAGGAGUGAACCCAAUGACGACCGGGUAGCAGCCACCCAGAGCAACAUCGGAUCUGCUGGGGCGCCGCCAGGAUCCGUCAGUACGCCACGCUACCGGUCGGUCGCGCUUCCGACGCUUCAGGUCCCGACGUAUGCCGGAGAUUUACGUCAGUGGCAAGAAUUCUGGGACCAUUACAGCGCCACGAUUCACGAGAACACCGAGUUGCCACCCGUCGAGAAAUUUAAGUAUUUGCUGACGUACCUGACGGGAGCGGCCAAGCGAGCUAUCGAAGGCAUCAGGCUGGCUGAUAACAACUAUGAAAUUGCCGUGACAACACUGAAAGAGCGCUUCGGUCGACAGGAAUUACUAGUCAACGAGCACAUCGACCAGCUUCUUGCACUGUCGCCCGUGAGGAGUUCCAAGGAAGUGGAGAAGCUUCGGGUGCUGCAUGACACCGUGCGUUUCCGCGUAAGUGCGCUCGAAGGUCUUGGUGUACCACCUGAGCAGUACACUGUGGUGCUGCAUCGGGUGCUAAUGAGGUGCUUGCCAGAAGACUUGGCGAUAAUGUACCGACAGAAGAAGAAGGAGGAAAGCACGCGCGGUACUCAUGCAUCAGCAGAGCCCACACCACCUGAAGCGAGAACGCACAAGGCGACCGACAUUUUAGCGUUCCUGAAAAUCCAGGUUGAAGUGCGUGAGGAAGGGAAGCAAGAAGCGGCGUCAUCGUAUACGCACAACUCGAUCACGGUACCUGGUGACAUGAGCUCGCCGAGAAGAUCUUUACAGGGCAUUCCGUCGGCAUCCGCGCUAGCGGCGACGGAAUCCCUACAGCAGCGCACGCCUUGUGUACUGUGCGACAGCCGAGGUCACAGCCUGGCAGAGUGCACGGUCGACUUACCCGCCGACGAGAAACGGGCCAGAUUGCUUAAAGCUCGGUGCUGUUACAAGUGCGGAAUGCGCAAUCAUGUCGCACGGUUUUGCAGAGUCUCCCUGAGCCUUACGUGCAACAAGUGCCAACGCCGACACCUAACGGUCCUUUGCGAGCUGUCACGAGCCGUCACCACGACCGCUGCUCCUGCACCAACAGUACCGAGCGGCUCGUCCGGCUCUACCUCACCGACGGUAACUACGGCGUCAACUGGCGCUACAGAAGCCAAGUCGGUGCUGCUUCAGACGGGCCGUGUUUGGGCUGAGAGCGGACCGCGACAGCUCCUGGUGCGUGUGAUGCUUGACAGCGGCAGCCAGCGUUCAUUCAUCCGCACCGACGUGGCCAAGAGAUUGCAGUGUAAAGUCAUUGGCACGGAAGAGCUCUCACUGGUAACGUUUGGAAAUGCCAAGCCACGGAAUCAUUUACGUUGUCGACGCGUCUCUGUCACGCUGCGUGGACGAUUUAACGGCAGCACCGUCACAUUGGAAGCACUGGAAGUCCCCGAAGUGUGCACCGUGACAAGUCCACCGCUGAACAUUGAAGUGCUCGAGCUGUUGAGCGCCCGGAGGUAUGAUGCUGCGGACAUGUUUGACCCGGAAACUUGGCACCCAGAGGACGUCAGCAUAUUAAUUGGCUCGGACGCUUAUUGGAAGGUCGCCACUGGAAAGAUUGAUCGCCUCAACGAGCAACUCACUGCCGUGGAAACGUCGUUCGGGUGGACUGUGCAGGGCAGUAGCUCGCACUACGAAGCUACAGCAACUAGUGCCCUUUUCUUAUCGGCUGGUGGUUCUCAUCAAGAGUGCAAUGAAUCGGCUAUGUGGCGCCUCGACACUAUUGGUAGUGAGAACCGGUGGUCAAGUACGGUAAAAGACAACCCUGACCUCGACAUAUUUGAGCACUGUCUGAGCAAGCAAGCUGGUCGUUACCAAGUGCCCCUGAUGAUGCAGGAGCCUGGCAUUCCGGCCGGUAGUGACAACAGACAGCUUGCAGCACGUCGACUAAAUAUGCAGCUGAACCGAUUCGGGGAACAACCCGAUCUGCUGAAACAGUACGACGAAGCCAUCACUGCUUAUUUCAAGGAUGGUCAUGCCGAAAGAGUUGAUCAAGAGCAAAUUCCAGGCCCUAAUAUUUAUUACAUGCCGCAUCAUGCUGUCAUCCGCCGCGAUGCAGUGACCACCAAGCUCCGGGUGGUUUUUGACGCGUCGUCUCAUGUCGUCGGAAAACCGUGCCUGAAUGACGUUUUAUCGAAAGGGGUGAAGCUUGGUGUUGACAUCGUGCAACUAUUGCUAUCCUUUCGUUGCUACCCAGUGAUUCUUGUGGCAGACAUCAAGAAAGCCUAUCUGCAAAUGCUCAUUCGUCCAGAAGACCGCGAUUUGCUACGCUUUCUAUGGGUUCAGCAACUGCCAACCAAGGAAGAGCCCAGCCCACCCACUGUCGCAUGGCGGAUGACUAGGGUCCCUUUCGGAGCAGCAUCAAGUCCCUUUCUGCUUGCCGCCACGAUUCGCCAUCAUUUAGCGUCGUGUCGGGAAAAAUUUCCUGUGACAGUGUCCCUCCUGGAGAAGGCGUUUUACGUGGAUGACCUCAUCCUUGGGGUGUCCACGGCGGAACAAGCCAUGACUGUAUACCAGGAAACACGCGCCAUAUUCGCUGACGCCUGCAUGAAGUUACGGAAAUGGGCGUCGAACUCCGACCUGCUAAAGCAACAGUUUAUCCAAGAUAACGUGGCCAUUGAGACUGAAGCAGGAGAUGACCAUCUCGUGAAGGUUUUGGGCCUGCCGUGGGAGCGUAAAGGCGAUACCAUCGCGUUGACAGUGCGCAACGCAGCCUCCUUCGCCGCAAACAGACCGGCCACCAAGCGCACGAUCCUUCAAACCGUAGCCAGCGUUUACGAUCCGCUUGGUUAUCUCUCCCCAUUCACCGUGAAAGGAAAGCUAAUUUUCCAGUACCUGUGGAAGCGGAAGCACUCCUGGGACGACACGCUGCCAGAUGAAGUACAAGCUGCAUGGAACGCGUGGUGCACCGAGUUGCCAGAUGUCCAGGCACAGGUUCCUCGCUACGUGUUUCUGCACGACUGCAGCGUAGAGCUGGCAUUUGAACUGCACAUAUUUACUGAUGCCAGUCCUAAGGCUUAUGGUGCGUGUAUCUACGUUCGGGCGCUUUCUGCCGACGGGGCAUGCGUCACACGAUUGCUCAUCAGCCGAAGUCGCGUCGCUCCGCUCAAGACGAUGUCCCUGCCUCGACUGGAGCUGAUGGCCUGCGUUAGUGGAGCACGGCUAGCGGAGUACGUACGGUCCGUGCCACGUCUCCAGCAGGCAUCCGCUCAUUUUUGGACCGACUCUCUCGUCGCUCUUCACUGGAUCCGAGCAAAAACAAGAAAUCGAGAUCUUUUCAUCAGCAAUCGUGUGGCCGAGGAUAUCUAA